AUGGCGGGCUUCAGCUUCCCUCUCUUCGCACCCAAGCUGUAUGAUGCUCUCGGUGUUGCGGCUGGUAACGGUGUUCUGGCCGACGUUGCAGCCUUGUUGGGAAUUGUGGUGCCAACCAUCAUGUGGAAGUACGGCGCUUGGCUGAGGAGCAAGAGCCAGUACUGUUCAGGCUAA